AUGCCCAAGAUGCGACUUGGCUGGUAUGCUGGGGCCUCGACGGCCCUCGCGGGCGGCGUUAUCCUCUCGGCCUUCUAUCAGAGGGCCAACUUUUACUCGGCAAUGGUAUAUCUCGCCCAGAGCAACUUUUGUUUGUUGGUCCUGGUCAACUUUUCCUUCCUUGUCUACAGUAGCUUCGUUUACGGUCUUACACGGAUGUUCUUUGGCCCUCUGCGCGCCGUCGAAGUCGAGCAACUAACGGAACGUGCCUGGUUUGCGAUCACAGAGACAUGUUUAGCAAUGACCAUAUUCCGCGAAGAGAUAGGAGCCUGGUUCCUGGUCAUGUUUGCAGCUCUGGUGACAGGUAAGGUGUGGGGAUGGAUUGGUGAUGGGAGAGUUGAGGUUCUCGAGCAACAACCGCCUGCGAACCCCCGCUUGUUCCAUUUGCGACUCAGUGUGUCGCUCACGCUAAGCUUCAUCUACGAUAUCUAUAUCCUCCGAUACACGAUCAAUACCGUUAUCCAACAAGCACGUCCCAACAUGAUGGUCAUGUUUCUCUUCGAGUUCGCAGUCUUGGCAACCAGUUCAUGGCGGACGGCAGCCCGGUAUGCGCUGUCAUUGACAGAACAGAAUAUCCAGGAAGCGCAGAAACGUAAGCGACUGGCCGAAAGGAGACAAGAGGUCAGACAGGAGCGGGAGGCUAUCAUUCGACGGCGUGAAAUAGCGGCUGCCGCUGGUGAAGAAAUUUCUGACGAGCCACUGCCCAACGAGGACGAUAUCGAUGAAAUGGAUAUUGAAGUACCAGGUUGGUCUGCAAAGGGAGAGUUUGUCCUCUGGCUGGACCUUAUCACAGACUUGGUUAAACUUGGUAUCUACAUCGUAUUCUUCUUCAUGCUUCUGGCUUUCUAUGGACUGCCCAUUCAUAUUAUGAGGGAUCUCUUUAUGACAGCCCGGGAUUUCAUUAAGCGCUUGGGUGCCUUAUUGCGAUAUCGAAAAGCCAUCCAAGAGAUGAAUCGUUAUCCCGAUGCAACCCAGGAAGAACUUGAACGGGAGGAUACCUGCAUUAUCUGCCGCGAGGAGAUGCGACCAUGGGAUCCAGAGAACAACCCAGGCGCAAUGGAUCGAAUUCGACCCAAGAAGCUACCUUGCGGACACAUUUUGCAUCUCGGCUGCCUCAAGAGCUGGCUCGAGCGACAGCAGGUUUGCCCUACUUGUCGAAGCCCUGUUACUCUUGGCGAGACGGCUCCUCGUGCCGGUCAGAACCGGGCUGCUGGUCUUCGAAUUGAGCUUGGAGGCAGGCGUCCGGCGAACCAACCAGCAGCAAACCCCGGGGAUGCUCCCGCUCAGGGGCAACAGAACGGAGGAGCACAACCUGAACAACGGCCAGGUGGUGCGCGUAUCUUCAAUAUUGGCCCUCUUCGAGUGGGAUUUGGCGCCAACGGACAGCAAGUCAGAGAACUUGCGCAGCAAUUCGGUGUGCCACCAGCUGUUCCCAACCCUCAGGGGCUGGUUCCCCCCACGCCAGGCGCUGGUACCCCUAUUGCUGCUGGUCAGACUGCUCCAGCGACUCCUCUGCCCACCGGAGAUAACUUGCAGAAUGUUGGAAACUUGAUCAGUCAAGCAGACCAGCUGAUCCAGCGCGAGAUGCAAUCGUUGCAGUUCGCGCAUCAGGAACUACAAACCAUUCAUCUCCUCCAGGCAGAGUUAUACCGUCUCAGACAGAGACAGCAACAUCCAGAACAACAACCAAAUAUACAUACACAGGCUAUACCGCCUACUGCGGUACCUCUCCCCCAACCUCUAAUUCCCCAGCAAUUUCCUAUGACACCUCAGAUGUCUAUGCCCCCAGGUUUCCCUCAAUUCCCAGGCAUACCUCCGCGACACCCUAGCCCCCUUAUGGCUCGCCAUGGUGCUCCCCUCAACGCUGUACCUAUCCCCGCUGGAAGUGCUGAGCUUCCAGAAGGCGUUGUUAUCCCGCCUGGCUGGUCUCUGCUUCCGCUACAGCGGCUUGAUGGCGGCCAAGCCUCGACACAACCUUCGCCGCAGGUUGGCCCUCAGGCAACUGUUGCAGAUAACAUUAAUGUACCUCAGCCAACGUCUACUGUUAGGCAACCCUCGCCAAUUGGUAGCCGUAACCAGGAAGCUCAAUCCGUUGAGAACGCCUCUUCUACUACUCCAACUGAACAGCGACCCCCUCAACUCACACCCCAGUUCACACGGGCGGUGGAGCCAUCCCAUGUUGUUGCACCUAGCCCUCGCAUGCCCAAUUGGGGCGGAUCCGCUCAACUGUUUGGCAACGGAUCUCGCCUGGACCAUACCGACCCUGUAACGCAUAAUGAGCCUCAGGUCGAAGGAAGCUCAAGCCAAACUGGCCCUGUUGAGGCCACGUCCCAGCCGAGUCCAACAGCGGAACAUACACCGCAAGGAACUCCAACAUCCCAUAGUGAUGAAGAUGAAGCAUCUGGGAUUAACUCAAAGGAGAAGGGCAAGGCGAGAGCCGUAACUGUCGAGGAGGUUGAGGAUGAGGAAAAUUUUAAGGACACAAUAAACAAGGACUAG